AUGCUGCCGGUGUACCAGGCGGUGAAGCCCAAUCCGCUGCAGGACGCGAACCUCUGCUCGCGCGUGUUCUUCUGGUGGCUAAACCCCUUGUUUAAAAUCGGUCACAAACGGAGAUUAGAGGAAGAUGAUAUGUAUUCAGUGCUUCCUGAAGAUCGCUCAGAGCACCUUGGAGAAGAGCUGCAAGGGUACUGGGAUAAAGAAGUUUUAACAGCUGAGAAAGAUGCACAGAAGCCUUCUUUAAUAAAAGCAAUCAUAAAGUGUUACUGGAAAUCUUAUUUGGUUUUGGGAAUUUUUACAUUAAUUGAGGAAAGCAUUAAAGUAAUUCAGCCUUUGUUUUUGGGAAGAAUUAUUAAUUAUUUUGAAAAUUAUGAUCCCAGUGACUCAGCAGCUUUGCACACAGCCUACGUCCAUGCCACGGUGCUGACUGUCUGCACGCUCUUCUUGGCUAUACUGCACCACUUAUACUUCUAUCACGUCCAGUGUGCUGGGAUGAGGCUGAGAGUAGCCAUGUGCCAUAUGAUUUACCGGAAGGCGCUCCAUCUCAGUAACGCAGCCUUGGGGAAGACUACCACUGGCCAGAUAGUCAAUCUGCUGUCCAACGAUGUGAACAAGUUUGAUCAGGUAACGAUAUUUUUACACUUUCUAUGGGCGGGACCACUGCAGGCUAUUGCAGUGACUGUCCUCCUCUGGAUGGAGAUAGGAAUAUCAUGCCUCGCGGGAAUGGCAGUUGUAAUUAUCCUUCUGCCUUUGCAAAGCUGCAUCGGGAAGUUGUUCUCGUCACUGCGGAGCAAGACUGCAGCUUUCACGGAUGUCAGGAUCAGGACCAUGAAUGAAGUUAUAACCGGCAUAAGAAUAAUAAAAAUGUAUGCUUGGGAAAAGUCAUUUGCAGACCUCAUUACCAGUUUGAGAAGGAAGGAAAUCUCCAAGAUUCUUAGAAGUUCUUACCUUAGAGGAAUGAAUUUGGCAUCGUUUUUUGUGGCGAGCAAAAUAAUCGUGUUUGCGACUUUCACUACCUACGUGCUCCUCGGCAACGUGAUCACAGCCAGCCGUGUGUUUGUGGCCGUGACGCUCUAUGGGGCAGUGCGGUUGACUGUUACCCUCUUCUUCCCGGCGGCAAUCGAGAAGGUGUCCGAGGCAAUUGUCAGCAUCCGAAGGAUCAAGAACUUUCUGUUACUUGAUGAGAUAUCCCAGCACAACACUCAGCUGCCGUCAGAUGGUAAAACGAUAGUGCACGUGCAAGAUUUUACUGCUUUUUGGGAUAAGGCAUCGGAAACCCCAACCUUACGAGACCUUUCCUUCACCGUUAGGCCCCGUGAAUUGCUAGCUGUGGUUGGACCUGUGGGAGCAGGAAAGUCAUCACUGUUAAGUGCUGUGCUGGGGGAGCUGCCCCCCAGUCAGGGGCUGGUCAGUGUGCACGGAAGAAUUGCCUAUGUUUCCCAGCAGCCCUGGGUGUUUUCAGGAACUGUGAGGAGUAAUAUUCUCUAUGGGAAGAAAUAUGAAAAGGAACGAUAUGAAAAAGUUAUAAAGGCUUGUGCCUUGAAAAAGGAUUUACAGCUUUUGGAGGACGGCGAUCUAACUGUGAUAGGAGAUCGGGGAGCCACGCUGAGUGGAGGGCAGAAGGCACGGGUCAACCUCGCAAGAGCGGUGUAUCAAGAUGCAGACAUCUACCUCCUGGACGACCCUCUCAGUGCUGUCGAUGCAGAAGUGAGCAGGCACUUGUUCGAACUGUGUAUUUGCCAAACCUUGCAUGAGAAGAUCACAAUCUUAGUGACUCAUCAGUUGCAGUACCUAAAAGCUGCAAGUCAGAUUCUGAUAUUGAAAGAUGGCAAAAUGGUACAAAAGGGGACUUACACUGAGUUUCUGAAAUCUGGGUUAGAUUUUGGUUCCCUCUUAAGGAAGGAAAAUGAGGAAACAGAUCAGUCUCCAGUUCCAGGAACUCCCACACUGAGGAGUCGAACCUUCUCGGAGUCUUCGGUUUGGUCUCAGCUAUCUUCUAGACCCUCGUUGAAAGAGGGCACUCAAGAGGACCAGACGACUGAGAACGUACAGGCUACGCUAUCAGAGGAGAGCCGUUCUGAAGGAAAAGUUGGCUUGAAGGCCUAUAAGAGUUACUUUGCAGCUGGUGCCCACUGGCUCAUUAUCGUUUUCCUUAUGCUGCUGAACGCUGCUGCUCUGGUUGCCUAUGUCCUUCAGGAUUGGUGGCUUUCGUAUUGGGCAAAUGAGCAGAGUGCACUGAAUAUCACUGUAAAUGGAAAAGGAAAUGUAACUGAGACGCUAGAUCUUAACUGGUACUUAGGAAUUUAUUCAGGUUUGACUGCAGCCACUGUUGUCUUUGGUAUCGCAAGGUCUCUGUUGGUAUUCUACGUCCUUGUUAAUUCUUCUCAAACUCUGCACAACAAAAUGUUUGAGUCAAUUUUGAAAGUUCCAGUGUUAUUCUUUGAUAGAAAUCCAGUAGGAAGAAUUUUAAACCGUUUCUCCAAAGACAUUGGACAUAUGGAUGACUUGCUGCCUCUGACAUUUCUAGAUUUCAUCCAGAGUGAGAAGCACACGGGGACCGUGGGGGUCAUGGUGUGUGGCUUUGGAAGGAGAGUUGACAAAGGUGUGGAGAAGUUGUGAAUGAAGAGAGAUCAAUUUUGGACUGACCAGGCAGUUUGGAAAGGUAGGCCAGAAUCGAGGGAAAUGUUUGAAGUCUAUGUAGUAGGAAAUAAAUAAUUUAUACUGCACAGAAUAACAGCAGUAUACGGGUUACCUGGCUUUUGAUAAACCCUCAAGCUUGCCAUGGGCUUAUUGCGUAAGCUAGCCAAGGGCUGGCAGAGCACGUAUGGCUUAUCAAAGUGUUGUUCAAACGUGUUUUGUUUAUUUUUUUCAAAAUUCAUAGUAGGUUCGAGUAUUAACAAUAUUUUAAACCCAAGUCAGCUGUCAAGCUAAAACAUAGUUCUUUACACUGGUUAAAGCUAAAUAUCUUUAUGAAAAUAGGAAUUGAAAUAUAAAUAGUAUAAAGAUCUUCGCUUAUACCUCAGACAUAAGAAAAUCAGUAAGGAGGGAAUUUUUUGAAUAGGAAUGAGGCCUUAAUAUAUUGGAGUUUAAAAUAUAAAAAUUAAAAAAAACAUAGAGGCAGCCAAGCAUUUGAUGUUUGACUAACUUCCUGAUAUCAUAGCACAUAUCCCAGCAGAUAAAUCUAGUCUUUUGUUUUCUUCAAAUGAUUAAUUUUAAUUAAUAAAGCCAUGCAAUAUGUAUGUAGAUAUACAUGCACAUAUUUCAUAUUUAUAACAUCUGAUGGGCAGAUACGUUGUUUUGUGAAAAUAUUGACUGCUCAAAAAGAUAUAUUAUGGCAAGUCGUGAAAUUUCUCCCCAAAGGAAAAUUAUAUGUCAAUUCUAAAUCUGUAAAGUGUGGUCUGUAAUUCUUUCAUUGUUUCUUUUUCCUGUAACAUGCCUUCCCUUUUAAUCUUUUUUACACCAAACUUUUACUGAGCUCCUACUGUGUGCUGGGGAUAUAGAAAUGAGAAACAUGGAGCCUUUCCAUAUCUUUAUUCAGCCCCCACAAGAAUUUAUUGAAUGUCUCCUGUGUGCUAGGCACCAUGCUGGAGUUGAAUGAAACUUAAUUCCCAUCUUCCAUGAGGCACACUGUGCUGGGAGAGAUGGAAAAUCAGCAGUCACAGUGCUGUGUGGUAAGAGUUAUAAUAGAAGGAAUGCUGUAUCUGGGAACAGAUAAGGGUUUAGCAGGACGCUAAUCUGAUUUCCAGUCCCAGCUCUGCCACUUUUGGUUCUGUUAUCUUGGGGAAGUUUAUGGGACCUCCAGGUGUAGGUAGUUGGAGAUGGGCGUUUGCUGUUUCAGAGGGAGACCUGGGAUGGAUAUACAGAUUGAGUAUUCUCAGUAGUUCAUACUGUGAAGGUGGAUACAAUUGCCCAGAGAGAGUGAAGCAUUUUUAGGGGCCAAGGUAAGAACCUAAUGGAAGCCUCAAUACUUAAAAAGCUGAGAGAGAGCGCGCGCAGCAAAACAAAGGGGACACAGAAUGAACAGCAAGGAAGAGGGGGAAAAUCGGUGCUGGGAAACCAAAGGAGGAAGAGGUGUUAAAUGGAACCCCCAAAGUACCCAUUUGUCAUGGUUUGCAUUAUGUCCCCCC